AUGUCUAGUCGCUUUUUCCAAAAGUAUUUUAUCCGUUGUGGUAACUGCCAAACCAUUCAGAGGUACGCGAAGGGCUACAAGCCCAUUCCCAACCCUAUUCUUUUUGAUUCGGACGCACACUGCCGCAGUUAUCACCGUGAGCGACGUGACUGCACGGGGUUGACUGGGACAUUGGUGACUUGCCGCUGCGACAAGUGUGCGCGCGUUCACUCCCAUUGGACUGUAAUGGACUUUCAAGAAUUUCUAGAUGCAAAACUAGUAAUGACCCCGGAGGAACGGACUGCGCUACUGUGGCCGGGCGCGGGGAGUAGGGCAGAACCGUCGUCCGGAACAUCGAAUUAA